CCUGAAAUCGGAGAAGUAACUCGCUCAGGGGUGAGGGGUUUAGUUACGGCUUGUUUUCUGAGGAAUACGCAAUCGAUCUUUCUAAGAAAGAGCGAAUUGGGUAAGAUUGUGCUCGUGAGCGUUAAGGCCGACCGAAGAGAAGUGCCUCAACUUUCACAGUGAGGGAAGCCACUCGAUCGAUUCACCGUUGUUAGGAUUAUUGCCCAAGCAACCAGUAUCCGCCAUCUAAGCAUACCAAUUGACCUCUGAAUUCAUCUCAGCAUUCGAGUGUUGACGCCGGUGGUUCUCUUCUUGAUAGAAUUGGGAGCUCUUCCGUCGCUGUUGAUACGAAAUGUUUUCCCGAUCAUGUAGAGGAAUCUAUUUGUAUUCUUGUAGCAGUGGUUUUCGUACUCAGGCUCAGUCUCAGUCUCAGGCUUCCUUCUCCAGAUCCUUGCUUGACUCCGUAAGUUCGAGAUGCAAUUUUAUAGGUCCAAGUAAGAGUGACAUAUACCCGCCAGUAUUUGGGUUUGGAUAUAGAGGUUUUGUGUCAAAUAAUGGAACAAAGUUGAGGAGAUUUAAUUUGCCAAAUUCAUGUUUUAUUAAUUGUCGGCGAGAAUAUGCAACUAAUGCUGUGACAGAGAAGAAAUCUAAGAAGAUGCUUAUGUAUUUGACGGGAUUGGUUUUUGCAAUGGUGGGGUGUAGCUAUGCUGCAGUUCCGCUGUAUCGGAGGUUCUGUCAAGCUACAGGUUAUGGUGGUACUGUUCAGCGCCUGGAGAGGGUUGAGGAGAAGAUUGCACGGCAUGCAAAGGAUGGUACUGUGACGUCUAGGGAGAUUGUUGUGCAGUUCAAUGCUGAUGUUGCAGAUGGGAUGCCCUGGAAGUUUAUCCCAACCCAAAGAGAGGUGAGAGUCAAGCCAGGGGAGAGUGCCCUUGCAUUUUACACUGCUGAAAAUAAAAGUUCAACCCCAAUAAUAGGCGUCUCUACUUACAAUGUUACCCCGAUGAAGGCAGCCAUAUAUUUCAACAAAAUACAGUGCUUUUGCUUCGAGGAGCAGCGUCUUCUUCCUGGGGAACAGAUCGACAUGCCGGUCUUCUUUUACAUAGACCCUGAGUUUGAGACGGAUCCGAAAAUGGAUGGCAUCAACAACUUGAUCUUGUCCUACACAUUCUUUAAAGUUUCCGAAGAAAAAUAAAUAAAUAAAUUUGUGACUACUACUACUAUUCGCUCUGCUCUUGUUUACUAACAGCUCCUCCCUAUCUAUAUAUAUAUAGAUAUUGUGUAGUCUCUCUCACUCACAGGGAAGAUGAAGAUUAUCUCAUCCGUUGGGGGAGCCAUUCUCAAAAUGAUAACAGCAGCCAUGGUAACGUUUUGUUGAGCUCUGUAUUUCUUAGGUGAUGAAAUAAAUAUUACUAUUAUUAUUAUUAUGUAUUCAUUCAUUGGCCAUUCUAGGCCGGGAGAUAAUCGAAUAGAUGUCAAUUUACAUGAUUUUCAAAGUUGUGACUAUGGAAUAUAAAUUUAUGUGGGCUUUCAUAGAAUCUCAACUG